AAUUAAUUUAGCCUUUUAGUCGUCAGUUCACAAAGCUGCCUCACUACAACCUCACUGUUCUGUUUUUGCUCAAUUAUAUCCAUAUAGCACGUAUAGCAUAUAUAGCUACUAGUCAGGAUAGCCUGGUUAAUUGAAAAAGUACCGAUAACAUAUUUUCCCCACACAUAUAAUACGAGUAUUUCAGUAUAACACUAGUCAGAAUAUGUGGCUCAAAUCGCGUACUCUGCUUUAUAAUAGGAAUUAGCAGAGCGAAGUGUUCUAGGACAAUAGAAAGCGGAUUGGAACACUUCCAUGUUCAUGUUGACAGUAUCAUCAUUUCCGGCUUUAGCGGCCAUUAGCGGGAGGCGAAGCGCCAAACUCGAAAUCUACCGUUGCUGCUUAAAAUCUGUUGCUUAAAGUUGAACCAGAAACACGUUGGUAAAUAUUUUAUUGUUUUUUAUUUUUUGAUGCAAAACAGAAAUGACGGAGUUGCUUUUUAACAAGACGUUGCAAGUGCACGUGAAGUGUAAAGACUGCGAUGACAGGCGAGCAGUUAUCAGAGUCAGUAUUGAACUACAGCUCGUUUCAAACCCCAUCCACAGACGGGAUUUGGUUGUGAGGCUGACUGAUGAUGCUGAUCUCUACUUCCUGUAUAAUCUCGUCAUAUCAGAGGAGGAUUUUCAAAGCCUAAAAGUCCAGCAGGGUCUCCUGAUAGACUUCACCGCAUUCCCUCAGAAGUUCAUAGACUUGUUGGAGCAGUGCAUCUCCGAGCAGAGCAAAGAAAAUCCGAGGUUCCUACUGCAGCUUACCUCCCCGUCGUCUGCACUAAACCAUGGCAUCGCUAAUCUGAACAUUGUGGAGACCAACGCCUUCAAGCACCUCACACACCUGUCUCUCAAACUGCUCCCUGGCUCAGAUGUGGAAAUAAAGAAAUAUCUGGCUACCUGUUUGGCAGCGAUGAAGGAGGAAAAGGAGCAACUCCAACAAAAACUAAAGAAGACCGAAGAGGAUCUGACUAGGCAGCUAAACUAUGCACAGCAGACGUUGUCUGAGAAGAGCCGGGAGCUGGACAAACUGCGCUCUGAAUGGACAUCACAAACGACGACUUUGUCCAGCAGACAUACGCAAGACCUCACAGCAGAGCGUGAAAAAGCUCUGGAGAUCCAGACCAGGCUGCAGCAGCAGAAUGAACAGCUGAGGCGUGAGCUGGAGGCGACUCAUCAGCGCAGCACUCAGCAGCUUCAAACCCGACUCUCUGAACUGGAGACCUCCAACAGGGAGCUCACAGAGAAAAAGUACAAAAGCGACUCCACUAUCCGAGACCUGAAGGCCAAACUGCUCGGCCUCGAGGAGGAGUCUCAGAGGGCAAAGCAGCAGGUGGCGUCUCUCCGGAGGGAAAACAGCACCCUCGAUGCAGAAUGUCAUGAAAAAGAGCGACUAGUUAAUCAGCUGCAGACUCGAGUAGCCGUGUUUGAGCAGGAGAUUAAAGACAAAGAUCAACUCGUACUCCGAACCAAAGAGGUGCUCGAGGCCACGCAGCAGCAAAAGACCUCCGUUGAUGAAACUGUUGAGAGUAAACAGCUACAGAUUGGGAAGUUGGAGUCAACAGUGAAAUCUUUAUCUGAGGAGCUCAUAAAGGCAAAUGGCAUCAUUAAAAAGCUGCAGGGCGAUCUGAAGGCUCUGGUGGGGAAGAUUAAGGUGAAGAACACGGUGACUGUGUCUCAGGAGAAAGUGCUGCAGGAGACGACGGAAAGACUGCAGAGGGAGCAGAGGGAGCUGCAGGACACACAGCACAGACUGAGGCUCAAAGAGGACGAGGUAUCGAAGUUAAAAGAGCAGUUGGAGGCCACAGUUAAAAAACUGGACGAGAGCAGAGAGGUGCUGAAAACUAACGAAAAUGUGAUAACGUGGCUGAAUAAGCAGCUGAAUGAAAACCAGCUGUCCAGAAAGCAGGACACUGUUGGUGUGUUUGAGACACCACAGCCUGGUGCUGGACUGAGACAUGCACCUGCUUCUCACAACAUGCUUGAUAGUAAGACUUUCUCCUCUCUGGGUCAGCCAUAUCCUGUGACCUCCACGUUAAACUCCAAGCACUCGUUCCCUCUGUCGUGUGUGAGCACCGGGCCGCGUUCCGUCCUCACUUUACACAAUCCCAACCCAGGACCAAAGGUCCAGUUUAACCCGAUGAGUGCCAAAGCCAGCAUGUCUCCAGUAGAAGGGACUGGAAACCCAACAGCACCACAGUCAUCCUCUAAUAAGGAGAACGGGGAGCCACUCGGGUUGGACUCAAAAUACUUUGAGAGACGAGAUGAGAGCAUCCCUCUACGUGGCCUGGUACCCAGCAUGCACCUGAACAAAGAAAUUGCUAAACCCUCCUCGAACAUGGCCGGUGCAAAACCCACAGCUCUAUCAGCGUAUUUCCCAGGAUGAUCAUCUUCGAAUCUCGGAGCUUCUACACAUCUGUGUCAUGUGUUAAGUGUAUUAUGCUUCUCAAAUUAUUUAUUAAACACUGUUUUUUUAACCGUUGA